AUGGAAUGUGCGGACGUGCCUUUAUUAACUCCCAGCAGCAAAGAAAUGAUGUCUCAGGCAUUGAAAGCCACCUUCAGCGGCUUUGCCAAAGAGCAACAGCGGCUGGGAAUCCCCAAAGAUCCCCAGCAGUGGACGGAGACGCACGUGCGGGACUGGGUGAUGUGGGCGGUGAACGAGUUCAGCCUGAAGGGAGUGGAUUUCCAGAAGUUUUGCAUGAAUGGAGCCGCCCUCUGCGCCCUGGGGAAGGAGUGCUUCCUGGAGCUAGCGCCUGACUUUGUGGGAGAUAUCCUUUGGGAACAUCUGGAGAUCUUACAGAAAGAGGUAAAACCGUACCCAGCAAAUGGAGUGAAUACAACAUAUCCAGAAUCCCGCUAUACUUCAGACUACUUCAUUAGUUAUGGCAUCGAGCAUGCGCAGUGCGUGCCUCCCUCUGAGUUCUCUGAGCCCAGCUUCAUCACCGAGUCCUACCAGACCCUCCAUCCCAUCAGCGCGGAAGAGCUCCUGUCCCUCAAGUACGAGAACGACUAUCCCUCGGUCAUCCUGCGGGACCCAGUCCAGACGGACUCCCUGCAGACAGACUACUUCACGAUCAAGCAAGAAGUAGUAACGCCAGAUAACAUGUGCAUGGGACGCGCCAGUCGAGGUAAACUGGGCGGCCAGGACUCCUUCGAGAGCAUAGAGAGCUACGACAGCUGCGACCGGCUGACGCAGUCCUGGAGCAGCCAGUCCUCCUUUCAGAGCCUGCAGCGCGUCUGCAAGCCUGUCAUCCCUGCUGCUGCCCUCGCUGGCUACACAGGCAGUGGACCCAUCCAACUGUGGCAAUUCCUGCAGGAACUGCUCACUGACAAGUCCUGUCAGUCCUUCAUCAGCUGGACGGGCGAUGGCUGGGAAUUCAAGCUCUCCGACCCAGACGAGGUGGCCAGGCGAUGGGGCAAGAGGAAAAACAAACCCAAGAUGAACUACGAGAAGCUGAGCCGCGGUUUGCGCUACUACUACGACAAGAACAUCAUCCACAAGACGGCCGGGAAACGCUACGUCUACCGUUUCGUCUGCGACCUGCAGAGCCUUCUGGGCUACACGCCCGAGGAGCUCCACGCCAUGCUGGACGUCAAGCCCGACGCCGAUGAGUGA